AUGGCUCUCCCCGCCUACCGCGGCCUGCUGCGAGCCUCGAGGCUAGCCUUCCAAGGCGACGAGCGCUUGCUCGCGGCCUCCCGGGCCUCCAUCCGCGCGGCCUUCCUCGAGAACGCGGCGCUGGCGCCGACCGACCCGGCCGUGCCCGCCGCCGUCCAGCACGCGCGCGACGUCGCCGACAUCCUGCGCCAGAACGUCGUCCAGGGGAAGAAGGAGGGAGACCGUUACCGCCUACGCAUACACGACGAGACCGAGCGCGGCGACAACGACACGGUUAAGAAUGCUGGUGGCAAGACGGCGAAGACCGACGGCAAGACGUGUGCCAAUCGGUGA